AUGGCUCUAGAGGGACGAAGAGCUGACGAGCAAUGGGGGAGAAAGAGGCGCAGGGUUUGCAGCCAUGAACAAGUAGAGGUCUCUGACGACGGCGGCGAGACGUGGCGCAGAGCGGAGAGGAAGUUCGAGUGCUGCGCGGGGAAAUGCAACCGGAGGUAUGGAAAUCUGCGCUCGUUUAACGAGCACCGGUGUGAGAGGCACAAGCUCCCGCCCGUGUCGCAGCUGCCCAAGGGCUUCAAAUCGCGCAAGGGCGUCCCGCACGGCACGUACUACGCGCUCAAGAAGCAGCGCUACAACGAGGUCAAGGACUCUCUGCGCUUCAAGUGGAAGACCCAGCUCCAGAACGCGCGAGCGAACUUGAAAAAGGACUACAUCCGGGUGUGGGAUCCCAGCGGCAACUUCUCGCGCGAGCACUGGAUCCGGAGGGUGGACAAGCUUCUCAUACGGAAGAUGAACGCCAUGAGGGAGGAGCAUCCUUUGGAAAGGUAUCGGCCACAAGCUGGAGGCCGGCCAUCGCACCAGGCUCGAAUCGCGAGGCUCGAGGCUCUUAAGGCGGAAGUGGAGAGCUACAACGAAGAAGACGAGGAUGUGAACGAGUAUAACUCUUCCGAAGAAAACGAGCAUGAGGAUGAACACGAGGAUGAUCGGCGAAACUCCAUUUCAGAAGCCGAAGAUGAUGAGAUGGAUGGAAAUGCUUUUGCCGCUCGCGAUUCGAUCGUGGAGAUCCUCAUGAACAUCAAGGAUGGUAGUAGUCACCACCACAACACAGCUCAAACUCAGAUCGAAGAACAUCGAGAGACAAUAGACGACAUCAAGGCCACCGCUCGCAAGGAGAUCGAAAAAAUCACAGGAUGGAUAGCUAGGCAAAAGGAAUUGAUAGAUAGUACCAAAGAUGUGCAAGUUGCUCGAGAAAUCUGUGAGACCAUGAAGCAUAUCAUCCAGAAAUUAUAAUCCCCACUAGUCGUUUGCGAGGUGGACUUCACAAUGAUCCUCUUGAAAGUUGGCAUUGCUACAAAACAAGGGAAAAGCAUUGGAAAUGCCA